UUCGGUAUUGUAGCAAUGGUAGAUUCAUCACAAAGAAAUGAAAAAAUUCAGGGAUACGAAAAAUGGACAUCUGAAGAGAGUAAUGAAUUGCUUAGACUCGUAGUUGAUGCAGCCAAACGCGGAUGGCGCGAUAAGUCUGGAAAUUUGAGUAAAGUAAUUGUAGAGAAACAUAUAUUGCCCCCUCUUAAUGCAAAGCUUGGAAAUGAGAAGACGUAUGCUCAAUAUAAAAAUCGUGUAAAAUGGUUUAAGAAGCAAUACGAUAAAUAUAAUGACGUGACCAAGAAAUUUACUGCUGACGAGCAUGUGUGGGAAGACUACUUUAAGUCUCAUCCUGGGGAUACGAAUUACAAGACAGAUGCUUUUCCUGAGUAUGAAGAUUUGAGAAUUGUUGUUGGAUGUGGAACUGCUAUUGGCACAAACUCAGUUGCGAUAGGCGACGAUGUUGAAGAAACGAUUUUUGAGACUGAAGAAAGAAUGGAAAAUAUUAAUUCCAUAGACGACCUGAUGUGUGAUCCAGAUUGUGAGGUGUUCGUUAACUCUAAUAGCCCUUUUGACCAUAUGGCAUUGUCUCCGAUGCACUCUCCACCAUUCGCUCAACAUAAAAGUUCAGAAAAACGUCCAUCCAUUCGAAAGCGAAACAGAACCAGUUUUGAAGCAAACCCCAAAAGCACUGCAUCUGAACCAGACAGCCUCAUAGAAAGUGUUAACAAGGUUGUUCGUGCUCUUGAGUCUGUCAACACUAAAGAGUACACCUGUUGGGGAAUUAUAAAGGAGAUUCCAAACUUAGAUGACGAUUCACGCUUCAAGGUCCUUGAUCUGCUUAAUACUAGAGCAAAGAAAGCAGAGUUUUGGAAUAUGGCACCGGAUAAA